AUGUCUCAAGACAACGGCGCUGCUCUCGAAUGGCUGCAAAAGUUCCACGCAGCUGGGGAUUCCUUGAGUGUCGACGCCUGGACACCAUGGUUCACUGAAGACUCCAUAGUGAGCGUGGGUAACAAUCCAACCAUUCAGGGCCGCGAUAAUUUUCUCAAGCUUUACGCACAUCAAGCCCACGUACUAGACUUGAUGAAGCACGAUAUCACUCACUUUGACGUCGUCGGAGACCGUAUAUAUCACCAGACCAGCAUCACAUACAAGGUGAAGGGCGAUGCAUCAGGGCAGACCCUGAAUAUUCCCGCUAUCUCCAUCGUCCAUCGCAACGGGGAACAGAAGAUCUAUAAAUUGGAAAUCUACGUCGACAAUACGCCUUUGAUGGCCAAGGUCAAGGAAGCCAUGGCCGCUAAAGCUCAGGCUUCUGCUUCCGCCUGA